UGUAAUGUCGACUAAGAUGGAUGAAAACAUAGAAAACAGCGGCGAGGAGAGCGAUAAUGACUCAAUUCUCGACUUGGAUCUUAAUCCAGACGGUGUAAUUCGUCCAUUCAUGUUUGAGCCGCAACAUAGCUCAUCUUCAGGAGAAGAAGAAAUUUCUGUUGACAAAGAAACUCAGGAAGAGAUACAAGAAGAAACAUCUACGCGCUCACGUCUUGGAAUUCGCGAAUGGUGCUCUUGCGGCAACUGUCAAGAGAUGCCAACAGAAAACGAGUGUAUAUGCUGCCAAGAAAUGGAUGUACUAGGUGAUCGACUCGAUCUGGAAGGUAACAAGCUUCAGUGUAUUACAGAGCACGGAUCAUUUGGACCCGUGUGUUUACUAGCGGACGUCUUGAGAACAGCCCUAGUUGGCAUGCACCAAGUGAGAAAUGACAGACUUGAAGAUUAUCCGUCAAAUGAGAGUAUGCGAUUGGCAGGUUAUAGACAGUUUACUUGGUGGACUUAUAACAGACUUGGUAAAGGGAACAGACGCGUGAUUCCUUCGUGUGUUGUGGCAUCAAUAAGACGUAAUUACCCAGAUGCAGCCGGAAAUUAUACAGGCUUUAAAGAUGCCGAGGACAAUGACUCAUGGCCGGGAUAGUCACGUUUAAUUAAUAAACUUGUCUUUGUUUUCAUUAAACAUUCAAGGAGGUCCACGGCGCUAUAGGGGUAUCGGCUCCAGUUCCAAUCAUUAAAAUACCUUCAACAGUCUGUUCCAAAAAUAGAAAACUGACAAUGUAAAUGCUAGUGCCAUUUUAGGCGGACUAUUCGAUUUUUGUAUUUCUAUUUUUUUCA